AUGGCGCUCAAGUACACAACAGGACAGCUCUCGCGGAGCUUGUCCAAGGCGACGACAUCCGCGCGCAAUGCCUCAUCGCCUCUUACGAUAGCGCUGCCCAAGCAGUCAGCUGCACAGCUUAGAUCAAUGGCAACGGUUGUACCGCCUGUGACGCAAAACUCUGCUGGAUCCAAGGGGCCUACGGCGAUGGUAUUCAUGAACAUGGGUGGCCCUUCAACGACUGACGAAGUGGGAGACUUCCUGAGCAGGCUUUUUGCAGAUGGCGACUUGAUUCCCCUCGGCCGUUUCCAGAACUAUCUGGGUCCCUUGAUUUCGAAGCGACGAACUCCCAAGAUCCAGAAGCAAUACGCCGAUAUUGGUGGCGGCUCACCUAUUCGCAAGUGGUCUGAGUAUCAGAACGCCGAGAUGUGCAAGAUUCUCGAUGAGAUCUCGCCCGAGACAGCGCCACACAAGCCGUAUACGGCCUUCCGCUACGCCGACCCUCUGACCGAGGAGAUGUACAACAAGCUUUUCGAGGAUGGCUUUGGAAAGGGAAGAGGCGGAAGAGCGGUUGCAUUCACACAAUACCCCCAGUACUCGUGCUCGACGACAGGAAGCAGCAUCAACGAGUUGUGGAAGUGGAGGCAAAGGCUGGAGGGCAAGGCCGUCGGAGAGACGACACCCGGCGACGGUACCAUUUCAUGGAGUGUGAUUGAUCGCUGGCCGGUACACCCGGGCCUGGUCGAGGCGUUUGCACAGAACAUCGAGGCGAAGUUGUUGGAAUACCCCGAGGACAGACGCAAGGACGCCGUCCUCAUCUUCUCCGCUCACAGCCUGCCCAUGUCUGUGGUCAACAGAGGCGACCCAUACCCGGCCGAAGUCGCCGCGACCGUCUACGCUGUCAUGCAGCGCCUCAAGUUCUCUAACCCCUACCGCCUCUGCUGGCAGUCCCAAGUCGGCCCGUCGGCCUGGUUGGGACCCCAGACCUCCGACUCGGUCGAGAACUACGUCCACAAGGGUCAGAAGGACCUUGUGUUGAUUCCCAUUGCCUUCACAUCAGACCACAUCGAGACUCUGUUCGAAUUGGACCUCGAGGUCAUUGCUGACUCUGGAAGCCCGGAGACCGUCAAGAGAGUGGAGAGUUUGAACGGCAGCCCCGUUUUCAUCAAGGCUCUCGCCGACAUUGCCAAGGCUCAUCUCGACAGCAGUGUAGCCUGCUCGCCACAGAUGGAGUUGCGGUGCCCUGGCUGCAAGAGCGAGCGGUGCCUGGAGUCGAAGAAGUUCUUUGCGGGACAGCAGUCCAAGCUUCUCCCCGCGCAGGAGAAGACUCUUGCCCAAUAA